AUGGAGGUGGACAUUUGUGGCUGUAUGAUCUGCGGAUGUCCGGUUUCGAUCGCUUUCGUUGAAUCGGGCUGGUGGUCAGAAUUCCGAAUAAUUUACUCUACCCUAAAGGGUAACUUCAUGACUGGGGUAGGAAGAGCCCCCCGGAAUUCCCGUUUCUACCACGCUCCAGCCGACCCGCUCAAGCGAUGGGAUGACGAUAACCGGGUGCCAGAACUAGAUGCGACUAUCCCCGAUAUGGAUCAACCUCAACACGAAAGAGUUCACAAGUUCCUUGUCCACGAGUCUUGCUGGAAACUUCUCUGUCGAUUCUUCGACCCCAAAAAUGUCCCUUUGGACCGAUUGGUAGCGAUAUGCGAGUCCUUGGCCCUGACCGAAGAGUCAGGUAAUGUAUCCUGGGACCAUUCUUACAAUGACCUGUAUGAAACUUGGAACAAGUGGGCUCCGUGGUAUCAAGUCUCGGAGGCCCCGUCUAUUGAGUACUUCACGAGAACGCAGGCUAAGGCUGAUCCGUUCAAUGUUCAAAACCCCGGUCCAGAAUUGCUGUCGAAUCCUUUUACAUCGCAUCAGGUGAUCAGAAAAAUGCCAUUGAGAGACUGCUUUUGGGGGCUUUCCUGGGAGCUACGGGAGACGCUAGCAGUUUGUCUACCAACGCAAGACGCCCUCAGUCUUCGAUGCGUGUCAAGCGCAUUUCUCCCUCUUCUGGGUAGCCAGACCUUCUGGGCUUCUAGAUUCGACCCCGGGGGCGAGCGAGACUUUUUCUUUGAAGCUAGAAACUGCAAGAUGCCUCAGAACUGGCUUCAAUUGUACCGAAGCACCAGUUUCCGGCAGUGUCUGCCCGGGCUUGGAAAUCGACGACGAAUCUGGCCACUCCUUCAAAACUUGUGUCAAUUGUUGUUGUUACAACAUGAUGAUACUUCAAGCAUUUCUAAAGUGACAUUGAAAGCGCACCAAUCUCAAUGGGCGACGGUGACUGGUCUGAUUGAGACAGAUGAAGUGCGCGAUGAAUGCCGGAUUCACAAAAGGAAUCUAGCCCUGGUCCCACCAGACGUCGUUCAAAUCGGGACCUCGCUUGUAAACGCUGGUGAAACUGGGUUCAUCACCGGAAUAAGUUUCAUGUCUGCAAAAGGCGACAUUGUGAGGUUGGGCUACAGAUCAAAGGGCAAUGAGAGUUUUGUCAAAGUCUCACGGCUGACUGGAUUCCUCUUGGCAAUGGCGCCCAAGGGCCUCAAGGGCUUGAAAGUCAUGGAUAAAGGUAUCGCUUCCCAGUGGAUCGGAUUUCCUCUCGACACCCCAGUCACAGAGCGCUUAGCGAGAUUUGAAUCCAUUGAAGCUGUGGAAGUCGGUGUCGAUGGAUACAAAGUUGUCAGCUUUGCUGCGGCCGGGCCGCCAGUGAAACUUCUGGCGAGCCCCCAAAGCUUACAACGUUCAACCUCACUAUGGUAUCCAUCUGUACCAAGUUUAGAUUUACACCUGUAUAAAAUGACCCCGACCCUUCGGUCAAGGUUUUCUGGGUUUCGAGCGUUCGGUUGGGUUUCAUUCGGAGGUUUCAAAGGGGCUGAUCUGCAGCACCUCACAGAAAUCCGACUGAACAGAAUGAUGCGCAAUGGCCUAGCCAGUAUCGAGUUUCACUAUUGCCAAGAUGAGCGCCCGAUCAAGAGUGUCGAGUUUGGUAACUAUGAUUGUGUACCUCUGUCCAAAAGCUUGCGACUCUCUAUCGACGGUCGUGGAGGAGAAUAUAUUGAAAAGGUUUUCACGAGCAUCAAGCGCCCUCUGAGACAGCCAGCGGAUGAGUUAUAUGAAAGAGAUCGACUCUAUUCGCUUUUGAUCACCACGAAUCGCGGGAGAUCUCUACGCUACAAACUACAACCCGGAUGGAGCGGGGGUGUACCUACUAUGAUAACCCCUUUAAGCGAAUUCAAGAUAGCACCAGGAACAAAAAUCACAGGUUUUUUUGGUGAACAGGGGAGCUUCCCCGGUAUUGAAACCAUUGGUGUCAUUUCUGAAGCAGUCAACGAUGUGUCUCCGAAGAUCACUGAGCCAUAA